AUGAGCCUUCAGAUUUGCGCGACUUUCAAUGUUGUUGACAGGCUAGCAAAUUAUUCCGGGAUCGAUUUCAGUCUGGAGCAUGGUGCUAAUAUCACGGAGGCACCUGAGUCUGUCUGGACAGACCUAGUGAAGAGUAUCCCUCACGCAAAGCAGUACAAGAACAAAGGAUGGCUGCAUUAUGAUGCCUUAAAGGAUAUUUUGCCGUCAAUGGGAAGAGGGGAUAUCACGCACCAUGCUACCAUGUGGCCCGCAGUGGCAGUCAGCGACCAAGGCGGCAGUACCGCCUCCAUGACUAGUAUAGCUACCCUGCCAAACUAUAACUCGGAGAGAGCACUCGACGCUAUCGAGCACGCCAACCCAAAUGUCUCACCGGUGCCAGACACACCAAUCUCUUCAAUCAUAUUUGAUCCUGCACGCCAACCACCCUUGUUCGCUGGUACAAAUAUUCCAGAGUCCCCCACCACUAGCAUGUCCUCUAUGCCCACCACCUCAAGGGCACUGGGCAAACGUAGAGCUGCUGAUGGUGAUGAUAGCCCAAGGAUCAUCGGCCGCCCUCCUGACUCCACGAAAACUGGUGUGAGCGGCACAUCAGUUUCAUCGAAAUCGAUGAAAUCGCAGUGCCGCAGUGGCGUCUCUUUUCCAGAGGCAUUUGGCCACAUAAGCACUGAAAUUCAUGGUCUUAGGUCAGCCUUCAACAGUGCGACAAGUGCAAUGCAAGAACACACCUCGCACAUGCAAGAAUGCAUGAUGCAUGUCGUUGCUCACUCAGUGGAUCCUAUCCCGGUACACAAGCAAAGGGCAAUCAUGCGUGUGCAACAGGAGGAGGGUCUGACUGAUUCGGAGAUGGUAGCGGCUAUGACACACAUUCAAGGUGAUGUUGUGUUAAGAUGGGAGUGA